AUGGGUCUUCGAUUUGGAAUCAAUCAAGAUGAAAGAUCUAGUGAGCAUUGGGUAGUUGGUAAUUUUGUUUUGUCGGUUGACGCGGACUUGUCACCUUACCUCACUUCACUUCACCUGACGCAACCAGAAUGUGGCCGGAGUAUAAUAGCGAACAAGAAGGAAAAUGGUUCUCAAGUGAAGGAAAGCACGGACAGCUCCACCACUUUAGAAGACGAUGACAUAAAAGAAGACAAGAAGGGCGGAGUCGACCGCAGUUCCACAGUCAUUGCAAAAGAACCCGAAGGCCCCAGUACGCCCCCUCAGUCCCCCAGGGGUGCGCCUACAAGUUCCGGCUUUCCUUCGAGCAGCGUUGCCACUGCUAUCAAUUCAGCCCCUAAGGGAAACCCACUUAAUUUAGGGCAGGCCCUGUUGCAGAGCGUGCAAGGUCCUCAUUCAAAACGUCCCCGAUUGGAAACCGAUGGCCUAGUUAUAGUUUCUCGACGACAAGAAAUCAUUAAGAUGACCGAGCAAUUAAUAGAGGCAAUUAACACUGGAGACUUUGAGGCUUACACAAAAAUUUGCGACCCCCAUCUGACGGCAUUCGAGCCGGAAGCGAUGGGCAACCUGGUUGAAGGAAUGGACUUUCACAAGUUUUACUUCGAUAAUGUAUUGGGAAAGAACUGUAAAGCAGUGAACACUACCAUAUUAAACCCACACGUACACCUGUUGGGAGAAGACGCCGCCUGCAUUGCAUACGUUCGACUGACGCAGUAUAUGGAUAAACAUGGGCAGGCCCAUACCCAUCAGUCGGAAGAAAGCAGAGUUUGGCACAAGAGGGACAACAAAUGGCAAAACGUCCAUUUCCAUCGCAGUGGUGGCAAUGGAGGAGCUGCCUUCGGUUUUAGUUCACUUAAAUAAAACGUAAGAUAAACGUGUAUGUCUUAACUAUUGUUGGUGUGAGUCCAGUCUGUAGAUGAAUUUCGAUUGUUCCGGGUUUCGGAAUAUGUAAAAGGCAUCUGGUUCUUUCUGGUUGAGAUGCUAUUGAUCACUGAAAAAAGCACUUGCAGUGACAGUUUUAUUAAUGCCGGCACGUGUAUGUAGAUACCAUUACAAUGCGGAAUUUCAAAAGUUUCAAAUUUUUCUCAACUUUAACGUCCGUUGAUUUGCCUUUUACAUAUUCAUCGCUCAAACGAAGAAUCCACUGGAGACUAGACGUGUAUUCAAUGAGUGGUGCGCGACUUCUCAACAGAUUGUAUUAUUUCGAGCUUUAUACAUACUACACACUUGUACGUGUAGAGAUUUUGGCCACAUCCACUUUUUGUGUAAUUUAGUUUGAAUACAUUGAAUUGCAGUCGAAAACACGGUAAAAGUGGAUGUCUACAUUAUCGGUUAUUUUGUAUUAAAUGCAAGUUGUCACAUGUUCAGCACACCACAAUAAAUGUUUAAGUACUUGAAUAUUAGAUCAUUAGCCAAAAAUUUACUUAACUAUAAAAACUAAUUUAUUACUACAGAUAAUUAAUUUUUCGAAUCCAAUCAGCUAAGAUAUAAGGGCAAGUAACAAAGCAUUUUUGCAAUUUUACCUAUCAUAUUCUAGGAGGAACGUUGCCAUUUAUUUGUAUUAUCGAGUUUGUAUCAAACGAAAUAUUUUUUAAAAUACGCCUUCGUUAAUUCGUUAACUAAUAUUUUGAAAAUAAUUUACAUUCACUUUUAUAACGAACAUAUUUUGCUCAAAUUAGUUAAAGACAGCAGUAACAUUAUUUUACUGCAGGAAUUAGUAAAUACUCAAACUAAAUGUCCAUUGUGGUAAACGUAAAUACUUACAUCACUAAAAAAACGAUUUUGAUUAUUAAUUGCUUGAAUGAAAGCGUGAUUUAAAAAAUAUAUCUAUCAUAUGUGCAGGUACUGCCUUAUAUUGAGGUAUCUAGAAACUUAGGCUUUGUACUUAAUCAAUUUUUUUCCUUACAGAAAAUAUUCUCGAAUAGCUUCGGCUAUAUUUGAUGGGUCAAAUAUUAUUUGCUCUUAUAGAGCAGCUGUAUAUGUAUGAUCAGGCGAAUAUAACCGGAGUAUUUUUAGAAACGAUUUAUUACUGAUAUAAUGUAGAAUUUUUCAGUGUAUAGAAAAUAAUUUACAUGAAUUUAAUUAGUAUGCACUAUGCUUAAUAAGGGUAAACGCAUCCGUCAACAUUGCGUUGUAUACGCAAUUAUGGCAGUAUAUAUCGAAAUUUUGACCAUCAGGUGCAAUUUAAAUUUUGACUGUUUAAAAUAAUGUAAGCAUAAAGUGUUAUAAGCUCUCUUUUAACUGUAAUUCCGCAUUUUUACGAUGCAUACGUUUCAACACAUGCCUACUUUAUUAAAUGUCUCACUUUAAACUCGUUUUUUGACCAUUUAAAAGACAUUUUAUUAAAGCAGCAUUGAUACUAUCUAUAGUCCCCCAUAAUGUUAUAUAUAUAUAUAAAUAAUCUUUAUUUCCUACAGAAAAAGGCUAUCGACCCAAUCGGUCUUUCUGCCCCAUAAUGUUUUUAUAACAACUUAAAGGAAGUACAUGAUGUCAACGAUUGUAAAACGAAUAUAUAAUUCAAUAUGGAACAGUUUGCCAUCGAUAGAACUUUCAAUAAUUUAUGAAUCAUAAAUAUAUUGACCCUUUAUUCACAUCAAUUUUCUGAACUCAGAAGAAAAUGUUCAUUACAUACUAAUUAUUGCUUUAACGGUGGUCUACAGCCACUUCUUAUUGUUCGAAAGCAUUGCAGUCAAAAUGGAUACGUAAAAGUCAAAAUUCGACUAUUCCCAGUGCACUCACACCUUCAGGUUCCAUAGAGAGAAAAAAGCAUGAAUGAAGCAAGUUCUUUAUCUAGUCUAUGCAAACUUGGAGAAUAAAAAAUUAAAAUCAUUGUUUCGUUGAGUUUUGGCCUAAACUCUAUAUGGGCAUAUCGUAUUUGUAAAAAAAUAUAUUGUCACGCUAUUUAUAUAUUUAAAAGAUUUGAAGCAAUAUCAGUACCUACUUACUAAAUUAAAGAUGUAUAAAGGGGACAAAAAUGCGUGUGAUUAGCUCUCUAUUAUUUCGAUCAUGACAAGAUUGUACUGGUGCACAAAAUGUCUUCAUAUGAUUUAAUGUUUUAUAUAAAUAUAUAAUAAAUGGAAGAAAUCGUUUGAAGAUAGCAAUCGCGCCAAAAUCAAAAUAGAAACAAAAAAGCUAAUAAGUCGAAAAUAACUUAAGUGCAUGGCGACAUUUUUGUACCAGUUACAUUAUAUUCUCAAACAUUCAUCUCCAAAGUAUAUUUAUCUAGUUCUGAAAUAUAAAUAACGAUUUUCCCGAAGCUGGAAUUUGCGAUAUACAAAGUGAAGAAUUUCCGUUAAACAGUUUAAAGUGAUAAAUAUAUCCACGGUAAAUAAAUAACGAUACUCUUUCAACGUUUUCUUGGAAACUAAAUAGAGCAUCUGAAAAUAUACAAAAUUCGGCACUUUGUAUAUUAUUCACACUACAGUUAGAUUAUAUCGCUGAAUCCUGGAAACCGAAAAGGAUCACAAGAACAAAACAAAUACAGGGUGUUUUAUUUUAUUAUUUGUAUGUUAAAUUAAGAUUGAUGGUAGUAUGGAGAUGGUCUUGAUGUGCGUGACGAUGACUUGUUAAUUAAUAGUAAAAAAUAAUCUUAAUUUUUACAACAGUAGGAAUAAAAAUAGACACCUUGUAUCGAACAAUUUAGCCACGAAUUACAAAAAUAUGUUACUUCAUUCGCCACUAGAUUUCUUGUGAUAAUUGCAGCAAAUUUUUGUAAUUCCCUUGUAUAAGGUAAAUUUAAUCUAUUGUAGGAAAAGUGUCACUUCGAUUAAAUCAUAUAAUAUAAUUGUAAUGAAGAAUUUAUAUAAUGUGUGUUUAUACAGUUAUAAUUGUUUGAGUUGAAUAUGGUUUUUGUGCAAUAUUACAAAGUAAUUGUGAAUUAAGUUUUGAUAUGUCGAGCGUACAUCUUUGAAAGGGCAAAUGCACCAAAAAUUUCUUACAAGAAUGUUUAAUAUAAAUGAUAAGUUUUGCACGUAUUUCAAAAUAUACAUAACUAUUCCAUAAAUUCCCAAAUUCCACUUUUAUAGUAAUUAGCCUUUUCAAAGUUGUAUCUAAAACCCAUAGAAUGUCCAUACAUUUUCUAAUGGUAAACUUGUUUUGUUGAUAACUAUUAACAUAUUUUAUUACACUUUAUAUGCGGCACACCAGAGUAAACAUACAUACAAAUGUACCUACCUAUAUAAAAGUAAGCAAACUUAUUAUAUGUAUAGUUUAUUACCAACGGUUGCCAUUUUUUGUUUGUACAUUUUAUUUUGUUGUCCAUUUUAUUGAUGUUGAAAUUUUCAAAUUGUAUAUAAAAUUAAACAUUUUGCUUAUCUCAAAAUGUAAUCUAUGUUUUCUCCCUUAACAAUCAAGUGUUUCAGUAAAUAUCACUUAUGGAAAACGAAAAUAUAAAAAUAUUAUUCCUGAG